UUUUUUUUGAGGAACCUGGAAAAUACACUGCUGAUUUUAUAAUUCACAUUAUAUGCUUUGAUUUUCCCAAUCAUUCUAUUUCUUUUUAAUUAUUAAAACAAGUGUGUAUAGUAUGGAAGUUUCUUCAGAAAAAGAACAUGCUCAUAAACCAAUUUCCAUUGCAUUAUUAAAAGUUCAAUUAACAAGACUUAUUGAUCAGCAUAAUAAUCGAGGAGUCAUAUACACAAAAGAUUUAUUAUCACUCAUUGAUAAAUACGAAUUAUCUAAAGAUGUUGUUCUGUUAACUAAACAACAGAAAAGGGCCAUUUUGCCUUAUACUUUAAAAGACCCCGACCUAGAAAUGACACCAGAUGAUAUUUUAAACCUUUUAAAAAUCGUUUGUCCUCCAUUACCCAUCUCCUCCCUAUCUGAGCCAACUACUGCUACCUACCAAAGGAAAUUUGAAGAAACCAUCAAGACCAUAGAUAGCAGACCAAGAACAUCGAUUCCUUUAAAAUCCAAUAAAUCAACUCCUUGGAAAAGAAGACUUUCUGCUAUUGUUACGACAAUUCAUGAAGAGGAAGAACAUAUACUUUCACCCUUGAACAACUCAAUUGAAGAUCAUUCUCAAACUAAAGAAGAACAAUAUUCUAGUCAAGAUUUAGCUCAGUAUUAUCGUAGAUCACUUAAACUGACUCAAAGAUUAAAAUGUUCUGAACGUAGUCUGGCAAGUAUAGCACGCGAUAACGAAGAUCGUAUUAUAGAAUUACAAAAUAAAGUAGAUGAUAUGAACUUGGAAGUUGUGAAACAAAGAAAAGAAAUUUUAGAAUAUAAAGGAAAAGAAAGAAAUAGUUUAGAGCAAAUUAGUGCUUUGGAAUCACAUAUUGCAAACAUUCAACGGUCUGAAACUGAUAAAAAACAAGUCUAUUUAUCUAUUAAAACCUUAUUUGAUGAAAAAUGUCAGGAAGCACAAAAGCUUCAAGAUUCAUUAAAGCAGAAAGAAGUGUGUUUGGAAAAGUCGGAAGAUUUAUUAAACAACUUACAAAAUGAAGUGCAGUUACUAAAGAAUGAACGACAUAGACUUGUUGAUCUUCAAAAUACACUUGAAUUAGAAUUAGAAACCUCUGCAAAGGCACAUAAAGAGUUGGCUGAACAAAAAUCAGAAAAUGAAAAGUUGAAAGAGAUUAUCGAUAGCUUAAAGACAGAUUUAAAUGUAGCUCUUCUUCAUCAACAUGAUACAAGUCAUGAUGUAUCAUUUGAAGAACAAAAGACACUUAAAAGACAACUAUCGUUAGAAUCACAUGCAUCAUUCAAGACUUUAGAUAACGAGUUACUAUUGGAUAAAGAUGAGAAUGAGGCAUCAGUUGAAUACUACAAGCAUAGAGCAGAUGAAACAAAUAAGGAUUUGGAUAGAGUUAAAAAUGAAUUUAAUUAUCUUCAGAAAGCACUAAAGUCAGAAAAUGAUUCACUUAUAAAUGAAUUAAAUGAAUUAAAAACAAAGGCCAAUACGACUACUACUGCAGAUAUAACAAACCACAUACCAGAAGAUCUAUUAAAUACCAUUAUAUCAAAGCCAAAUACAUUAGAUAUCUGGACUCCUUCACGAGUAAGACCUGUUGGAAAUCAAAAGGAUAAAAGAAAGAGAACAGUACAAGACCUUCAUCAAUCUAUUCGUCUUCAUACUACAACUUCAAAAGAUAUAUCAACAAUAAAAGAUCGUAAUCAUAAAGGCUUAACAAGAAAAGAGGAUAGAAUUGUAACAAACACCGUCACAUUUGCACUUUAUACGCUUUUAGUCUAUUUCUUUGGUAUUAUUACAUCUACGUUUUUAUUGGAUGGAAAUACAACAAGUUGGGAACAAGCUUUAGCCGCUGCUGCUGCUUCUUCUGGUCAAGUGCCUAAAAGUAAAUUUCUCGAAAUUAUUCUUUAUUGGAUUGAAAAGUUAUUAUUUGAACCGGAAGGAUUACCUUUGUCAUAAUUAAAAGUUUCCCCGCAAAAAAAAAGACUGUAUUUUAAUCUGUAAUAUAAUAAAGGUUCAUCGUGGGAAAUUAACAUAUAGC